AUGUCUCAAGACGAUCAGAAGCAAUAUCCUGAUGAGAAGAAAAGUUCCUUGCCAGAGGAUCCUCCAACGUAUACAGAUGUUCUUAAGGAAGACAAGGCACUACGAGAGGAGCAAGCAGAAAAUUGCAAUCAAGUGGGUCAUAUGAGCACCAACCACAUACCAGAGGCAAUCGUGGCUACCCCGGUACGCAGAGAACAAGUUAUAAUAACGCCGGCUCAAAAAAAGGUAUAUAGUUACAGUGCUAAUGUAGAUGAUAUUUAA